UCGCGCUCGAUUCGCUUCGUCUCCUUAAGUAUGGACCGCAUCAAUCGUAUCCGCUCGCACGUGGCCAACGGCUCGCCCGCUCCUGCGACGCCCAAGGAAGACGUGGUCAUCGUGUCGGCGCUGCGCACGCCCAUCACCAAGGCUCGUCGCGGCGGGUUUAAGGACACCACGCCCGACGUGCUGCUGGGCCACGUGCUUCAGGCCGUCCUCAAGCAGGCCAAGGUGGAUCCCAAGCUUGUUGGUGACAUCGUGGUGGGCAACGUACUACAGCCCGGCGCGGGUGCCGGCAUGGCCCGCAUGGCCCAACUGGCCGCAGGCGUCCCGCACACGGUGCCACUGCACGUGGUUAACCGCCAGUGCAGCUCCGGUUUGCAGGCCGUGGCCAAUGUCACGGCGGCCAUUAAGGCCGGUUACUACGAUAUCGGUAUCGCGGCCGGUGUCGAGUGUAUGUCGCUGGCCGGAAUCGGCAACGACGCACCGACAGUCAACUGGGAACGUGUCGGACAAGUGCAGGACGCCAUGGACUGCACAGUACCCAUGGGUAUUACGAGCGAGAACGUGGCCGAGAAUUACGGGAUCUCACGCACCAAACAGGACGAGCUGGCGGCUCUUUCGCACGCCAAGGCGGCCGCAGCUCAGGCUAACGGGUGGUUCAAGGAGGAGAUCACGCCCGUGUCCACUAUCAUUAAAGACAAGGACGGCAACGAGAAAUCGGUCAUCAUCUCGCAGGAUGACGGUGUACGCGCCGGCACGACCGCGGAAAAGCUGGCCAAGCUGAAGCCGGCGUUCAAGGAGGGCGGAUCCACCACGGCCGGCAAUUCGAGCCAGGUCAGCGACGGCGCGGCCGCCGUGCUGCUGAUGCGCCGCUCUGUGGCCAAGAAGAUGGGCCUGCCGAUCCUCGGGCGCUUCGUGUCGUACGCUGUGGCCGGUGUGCCUCCCGCUCUGAUGGGCGUUGGCCCGGCCUACGCCAUCCCUGAGGCCCUGCAAAAGGCAGGCCUGAGCCAGGACCAGAUCGACGUGUUUGAGAUCAACGAGGCGUUCGCCAGCCAGGCCACGUACUGCGUCGAGAAGCUGGGUAUUCCUAUUGAGAAGGUGAAUCCCAAGGGCGGUGCCAUUGCUCUUGGCCACCCUCUAGGCUGCACCGGUGCUCGCCAGAUGUCGACGCUGCUGUACGAACUUAAGCGAAAGAACCAGCGCUUCGGAGUCAUCUCCAUGUGCAUUGGCACGGGCAUGGGCGCUGCUGCUGUUAUCGAGCGCGAGCUUUAGGCUGCUAAAGAGUUGCCAAGGAGGAGAGAGAGACGUGGUUAUCUGUGCUUGUCAAAACCUAUUAAAAUCCCUGA